CCCAAGUUGUCUUUUGAAUCGCACUUGCAGGCAGAAAGCUCCGCCGAGAAAUCACCAGUUUCACCGGAUUUUUCCCAAAUUUCCUCUCAGUGAAAAACCCAUCGCAAGUGGUUGAGAAGCGCCCCAGGAACGCGUUGGACAUGGUGCUGGUCGAGAGGAACGCCGAGAGUGUGCGGAAUGGUGGGCGAAGAUCUCGCGGACCGAGCCCCAACGGUCAUGUUGGCUCGCCAGAGUCCAGCUCGGAUGACGAGAAUUCGGCCUCCAAGAAAAUCGGAAAGUCCCUGAAGAAGUCGAGCGAGUACGAAGCCGAGAAGAUUCGUGUCGGGCGCGACUACCAGGCGGUGUGUCCGGAACUGGUGCAGCCACUCGAGCGGAAGAUGGACCAGCUGAACGACAGGGCGCUGCUCGUGUGGUCGCCGACAAAGGAUAUCCCCGAUGCGAAAUUGGAGGAGUACAUCACGGUGGCGAAGGAGAAGUACGGGUACAAUGGUGAGCAGGCUCUGGGGAUGCUGUUCUGGCACAAGCACGAUCUGGCGCGGGCGGAAUCCGACCUGGCCAAUUUCACACCCUUCCCCGACGAGUGGACAGCCGAGGACAAGGUGCUGUUCGAGCAGGCAUUCCAAUUCCAUGGCAAGAGCUUUCAUCGCAUCCGACAGAUGCUGCCGGACAAGUCAAUUCCGAGCCUCGUGAAGUACUACUAUUCCUGGAAAAAGACGCGGAGUCGCACCAGUGUGAUGGACCGCCAGGAGAAGAUCAAGAAGAAUGAGAGUUCGGAGAAUGGCAGCGAAAAUGGGAGCAACGAGGAGUCAGAUAGCGAUGAGAAGAAGUGGCCCAUUCACCGCGGCAUUCACAGGGCGAGCGGAUCACCGCCGAGAAUCAAAGAUGAUCAGGUAUCAAGUUCAGCGGGAAGUCUUCAGGCGUCAACAUCUGCAAUAUGCAACAUAAAUUCAAAUAAUACUGGAAAUGACACCAAUAAUGAUGUGCAAGACACAAAGGGUGGUUCACUUCCUAAUACUUCAUCAUCGCCGUCCACAAACGCGUCCUCCUCACUGUCCUCAACCACUGGUGGUUGUGGUGGAUGUGGUGUUCCGUGUAAUCACGUGAAUAGCACGCCACAGGGCAAAUUAUGCAACAGUUGCUAUCAUCACUGGAGACGUACUGGCAAUUUGCGUCCGACGACGGGCCCUUCGUGUUUUGGAAAGCGGUCAAAAAACAGUCAUGAUAAGCAUAAACGUAAACCACCGCGUGGUAUGCACAUAAAUCACGAUGAUAUUGUUGCAUUGGCCAAUCCAGAUAAUGAUCAAGCGAAUCGCAAUGACGAACUUCUAGCGACUAUGGAUAGAGAAAUCGUGUCGCUUUGGUGUCAAAUUCAGCAAAAUAAGCAGACGGUGAGUUCGCUAAAGAGGAAAAACUCGGACUCGGCUGAGGAUUUGCGACCUGCAGAGUGCAUGAGCAAGAUAAACUCACGGUGGACGAAUGAGGAGCUCCAUUUGGCGGCACAGGGUAUCAGGAAAUAUGGGAAGGACUUCCAGGCGAUAGCCGAGACGAUUGGUACCAAGACUGCUGCUCAGGUGCGUCUGUUCUUCGUCAACUAUCGCCGCAAAUACAAUCUGGAUGGGGCGAUGAAGGAGUUUGAGGCUGAAAAUACGCAACAGCACGAUGCGACAUCGAUUAUGGGCUCGGCGACAUUCAGUAAAUCCAACGGACAGCAAUUCAGUGAGGAUGUCAUGGAGAUUGAUAUCGAUGACGAUUCGAUGGAAAAUAAGAAGGAGAAGGAGUUGGAAGUUACUACAAUUACAUGCGAUGAUGUGGGGAAGAUUGACAUCGAUACAAAUAUUUUGCAGGGCAAAGAGGCAACGCCCAUUCUGAGGGAGAAUAUUUUACCAACUGAUUCGGGGAGCAACGCAACCACCAAAUAAAUGAAACAAACACACCCUGUAUUUCAAAACGAUAUUCUAAUGUAGUUAUUUGGCUACUUUAAGACUUCUUCAGACAAUUUUUCCUCGUUGAAAUUAGGAGAAAAAUGAGCGCAACAGUGUUUGCCUUUCUUUUUCAUCAAUAUUUUUUCAUCUCAAAGUAGUAUACAAGUAAAAUAUAUAUAACGAUUCGAUUUAGAGUGCUUAUUUAUUUGGCUUUUCCAAUGACUGUAUGAAUUUUCGCGUGGAGUGAAUCUGUAUAGAUGUUUAUACAUUUAUUAUUAUAUUUUUAAUUGAAAUAGACAAAGAAUAUAAGUUUUUCCUUUUAUUCGAGUUUAUGGUCUCAUAAGCAUCAAUUUGCCAAUGUACUUUUGGUUGUCGCUGGAUCUACACCAUGAGUAUUGAAAUACUAUAAUAAACCAUUUAUAUUUUCCUUCUUUUUAUUAGGUAUACGCUUCAUUAUGAAUUAGGUUUUAGUUCAUAGAGAUGAGAUACGUAUUUCUUGUAUUUAUAAGGCUAAAUAUUAGAUAUCAUGAGCUAUUUAAGAUUAGGCUAUAUGUAGGAAUCGUAAGUUAAGUAGAAUUACACGGUAAUUGCAAAGACAUGUUUAGGUCAAACCAAUAUUGAAGAUAAUUGUAAAAUUGCGCGAGUUUACAACGGCAUUUUUGGUUGCAUCCAAAGAUGCAAACCACACAAGAAAGAUAGUGUUGAAGAGAGAGAGAGAGUUUAUUUUGAAAGCCGUCCUGGAAGUUGAUGCGCGUGUUGGUGGGCAAAUGUGACUUUUCUUCUCACUUUGUUCGCAAGCAUGUUGCCAAUAAAGUAGACACGAAGAAUCACUAAAAAUAGCACAUUUAGAAUUCCAUCAUAUAGAUAAAAGAAGGGAGAAUGAGAAGAAAUUGUUCAUGAAUAUGCCAACAGGAUUAAUGUUAUAACACUAAAUCACUUGUGUAAUGAAUUUAAUUUUUUCUCUCCUCUAAAAUUGCAUAUACUAUAUAUACUGCUAUUUACUUCUAAUUAAAUUACAAUUAUGAAUAAAAAACUCUAUCAGCAU